UUAUUAGAAUGUCGAAAUUAAUAAUACAUGAACAUUUUCUUAAUAGAAUUCUUUGAAUUUCUAUAAUUCCCUUAAGUACGUGUUAAUGUUAAAAUAGGGUUUCAACAGUAAUCUUAUAUAAGCAAUGGUAAUUAUGAGGCUAACAAUGAGUCCACUCGUAUUUCUGUUAAAACUGGCUUGGGAUUGUAGAUAUCGUCUUCCUCUGUUGAUCACAGUGGGAUUUAUGGUCCUAGAUAUUAGAAUGCAGUUAGACAUAAAUGUACAGACAAGAAGAAUACCUCGGCCUCGUUCACAGCCUAGACCUCAAAAUGAGAAUAACGCAGAUGAUAAUCCGGACGAUGGGUCAGAUGGCUCUUGGAUUACUGUGGAUGAACAAAAUGUGACUGAUAGCGAUUAGUGGCGAUAAGUACUGCAAGAUUUUUUAACUAGUGUUGCACCAGCAAUUUUCCUGUAUUUUUAAUUUGUAUCUACGUAAAGCAUUGUAUUAUGAUUCUAUCUAAAAUGUAACGCUUUCUAUUUUUUUACAUAAGUUGACAUUAAACUAUUUUUUUACUGAAA